UGUCUCCGGCUUUGCGCUGGAUGAUCGGAUCUGAGUUCAGCCAUAUUCCCACCGAGCAGCUCACCGGUCGCCCGCCUCGCCGCCGACAGCCUCCGUGUAAUCCUCCCUCGCGCUCCCUCGCGGUGCUGACGGACAUUUUGAUCGAGGCCCAGUUCGACCCGGAGCCCGCGGACAUGUCACCGAGCUGAGACACACCGGGGACAUGGAGCAGCGGCCGCCGACCGGAGGCUCGACGCUCUGACCGACUUCCCGAGCUCCGACAGGAAAGUCAGAUUUACCGGGAUUAAAGCGGAUGUGGAUCACGGACGGACGCGGGCCCGAGGUGUGAACGGCUCAGCGCGACGGAGCGACGGUCCCCGGCGGACACACCCCGACACCCCGACACCCGGCCGGCACAAAAUGUUGGGAAUGUUUUCCCGGAGCUAACGAGCUAGCUGCAAUUAGCAGGCGGAGCUCGGAGCGACUCGGCCGGAAGCGGAGCCCCGUUCACUCGGACUCCCAGCGGGAGCGACGGGCGCGCGUCCCGGGGCAGGAUGUCGGCUCAGGUCCGUCUGAAGCGGCUGGAGCAGCUGCUGCUGGAGCAGCGGGCGGCGGGACACCUGAGCGUGGAGACGCUGCUCGACCUGCUGCUCUGCCUCUACACCGAGUGUUCCCACUGCCCGCUGAAGAGGGAGAAGCACAUCACCGACUUCCUGGAGUGGGUGAGACCCUUCACCACCACAGUGAAGGACAUGCGGCUGCACAGGGAAGACUUCGAGAUGCUGAAGGUGAUUGGACGAGGAGCUUUUGGAGAGGUUGCCGUGGUGAAGAUGAAGCACACGGAGCAAGUUUACGCCAUGAAGAUCCUCAACAAGUGGGAGAUGUUAAAGAGAGCAGAGACGGCAUGUUUCCGUGAAGAGCGAGACGUCCUGGUGAAAGGAGACAGUCAGUGGAUCACGACUCUGCACUAUGCCUUCCAGGACGACAACUACCUGUACCUGGUGAUGGAUUACUAUGUGGGCGGGGACCUGCUGACUCUGCUCAGUAAGUUCGAGGAUCGUCUUCCAGAGGACAUGUCGAAGUUCUACGUGGCUGAGAUGGUGCUCGCCAUCCACUCCAUCCAUCAGCAGAACUACAUCCACAGAGACAUUAAACCUGACAACGUCCUGCUGGACGUCAACGGUCACAUUCGCCUGGCCGACUUCGGAUCCUGUCUCCGCAUGAUGGAGGACGGCACGGUCCAGUCUUCGGUAGCCGUGGGCACUCCGGACUACAUCUCCCCAGAGAUCCUGCAGGCGAUGGAGGACGGGAUGGGCCGCUACGGACCUGAGUGUGACUGGUGGUCUCUGGGAGUCUGCGUGUAUGAGAUGCUGUACGGAGAAACGCCGUUCUACGCAGAGUCGCUGGUGGAAACCUACGGAAAGAUCAUGAACCACGAGGAGCGUUUCCAGUUCCCCUCCCACGUGACCGAUGUGUCAGAGGACGCCAAAGAUCUGAUCCAGCGCCUGCUUUGCUCCAGAGAACGUCGUCUCGGUCUGAACGGGAUCUCUGACUUCAAGAGCCACCCGUUCUUCAGUGGGAUCGACUGGGACAACAUCCGGUCUGCCGAGGCUCCCUACAUCCCCGACGUGUCCUCGCCCACCGACACCUCCAACUUUGAUGUGGAUGACGAUGUCCUCAAGAACCCGGACAUUGUUCCUCCAGUAUCUCACACUGGUUUCACUGGUCAGCAUCUCCCCUUCGUCGGCUUCACAUACACCACCGACAGCUGCUUCUCCGACCGCAGCUUCGUCAGCAGGGCGGGGCACCUCCGCCUGGAGGAGGGGCGGGUGGGGGCAGGUGGAGGCCAAGAGGUGGAGGCGUUUGAGAGGAGGAUCCGUCGACUAGAGCAGGAGAAACUGGAGCUGAACCGCAAACUACAGGAGUCCACCCAGGCCCUGCAGGCUCCGGCUCGAGGAGGAACUCUGACCCGAGACAAAGAGAUCAAGAAACUGAAUGAGGAGAUCGAACGACUCAAAAAGAAGCUGGAAGACUCUGACAGGCUGGAGCACCAGCUGGAGGAGGCAGUCACACUCAGACAGGAUUACGAAAGCUCCGCCUCCAAACUGAAGACCCUGGAGAGACAGGUGAAGACGCUGAGACAGGAGAAGGACGAUGUCCACAAGCAGCUGUCCGACGCUCUGGAGCGUCUGAGGAGUCAGACCAAGGAGCUGAAGGAGGCGCACUCUCAGAGGAAGCUGGCCCUGCAGGAGUUCUCCGAGCUGUCGGAGAGGAUGGCCGAGCUGCGCUCCUCCAAACAGCGUCUGUCCCGUCAGCUGAGGGACAAAGAGGAGGAGCUUGACACUCUCCUGCAGAAGAUGGACGCCAUGAGACAGGAGAUCCGCAAGACCGAGAAGAACCGCAAGGAGCUGGAGGCUCAGUUGGAUGAUGCGAAGGCUGAGGCGUCAAAGGAGAGGAAACUGAGGGAGCACAGCGAGGUUUAUUCCAAACAGCUGGAGGCCGAGCUGGAAAGCCUAAAGUCUCAGCAGGGUCGGGGAGCAGUCGUCGGGGGGGUGGAGUCUCAGCAGGAGCUGUCUCGUCUGAAGGCGGAACUUGAUAAGAAGGUCCUGUUCUAUGAGGAGGAGCAGCUGAGGAGAGACUCCGCCCACUCCUCCGAGAUCAAACACCUCCGCAAGGACCUGCACGAGUCCGAGGGGGCGCAGCUCGCCGCCCACAAGGAGCUGCUGCAGCUGAGAGACAAGCUGGACAAGGCCAAGAGGGACAGGCAGACUGAGGUGGACGAGGCGGUUGCAGUUCUGAAAGAGAAAUAUGAACGAGAGAAAAACCUGCUGACCGAAGAAAAUCGUAAGAUGACGGGGGAGACGGACAAGCUGUGUUCGUUCGUCGACAAACUGACUGCUCAGAACCGUCAGCUGGAGGACGAGCUGCAGGAUCUGUCUUCGAAGAAGGAGAGCGUGGCUCACUGGGAGGCCCAGAUCGCUGAGAUCAUCCAAUGGGUGAGCGACGAGAAGGACGCUCGAGGUUAUCUUCAGGCGCUCGCCACAAAGAUGACGGAGGAACUGGAAACACUGCGGAGCUCCAACCUGGGGACCAGACCUCUGUCCGAGUCAGGAGUGGCCACGCCUCCUAGGAAGCCCUGGUCUCCUAUUGGUGGAGACAGGAGGGACCCGCUGUGGAAGGUGCGUCGCAGUCAGAAGUUGGAUAUGUCGGCCCGUCUGGAGCUGCAGUCGGCGCUCGACGCCGAGAUCCGCGCGAAGCAGCUGAUUCAGGACGAGCUGCGCAGGGUCAAGGCUGCCAACAUCCACCUGGAGAGUAAGCUGAAGGAGUCGGACGAGCGGAGCAGGGAGAUGGACGAGCAGGUGGAGAGUCUGAAGAAGGAGAUGGAGGAAAGUCGAUCCCGCUCAGACAAAGGUCUGAAGCUUCCAGAUUUUCAAGACUCCAUCUUUGAAUAUUUCAACACUUCACCUCUGGCUCCAGAUCUCACCUUCAGAACUACAGACAUAGAUUCCACCCCCCAGAAACCAGAAACCACGCCCCCCUCACCCGUCAGCACCUCCGAACUCGAGGAAGUUAAAGCAGCGUCAGUCCCGGCGAGCCCCUCCCCCACCUACCACAGCUCAGCGCUGACCACGCCAAAGCCCAAAGCUCAUCAGCUGAGCAUCAAAACCUUCGUCAGUCCAAUGCAGUGCACACACUGCACCUCCCUGAUGGUGGGCCUCCUCCGACAGGGCUACGCCUGCGAAGUGUGUUCCUUCAUCUGCCACGUUUCCUGUAAAGACCACGCCCCCCUGGUCUGUCCAAUCCCAGCAGAGCAGGCCAAGAGGCCUCAGGGCAUCGACGUCCAGAGAGGCAUCGGCACCGCCUACAAGGGCUACGUCAGGAUUCCCAAGCCCAGCGGCGUGAAGAAGGGCUGGCAGCGAGCGUUUGCCGUCGUGUCUGACUGUAAAUUGUUUCUGUACGAUGUCCCAGAGGGAAAGUCCACUCAGCCUGGGGUGGUGUCCAGUCUGGUCCUGGACCUCAGAGAUGAGGAGUUCUCCGUCAGCUCCGUCUUGGCGUCGGAUGUGAUCCACGCCACCAGGAAGGACGUCCCCUGUAUAUUCAGGGUGACGUCAUCGCAGCUGAUCUCGCAGCUCUGCUCGGUGUCUCUGCUGGUACUGGCAGAGAGCGAGGUGGAGAAGAGGAAGUGGGUCCGGAUCCUGGAGAGUCUGCAGAGCAUCCUGACCAAGAACCUGCUGAAGAGCCGUCAGGUCCACGUUCUCCACGAGGCCUACGACGCAUCGCUGCCCGUCAUCAAGACCACACUGUCGGCCGCGGUGCUGGAUCGAGAGAGGAUCGCUCUGGGAACAGAAGACGGGCUGUUUGUGGUGGAGGUCACCAGAGACGUGAUCGUGCGAGCAGUCGACAGUAAGAAGGUUUAUCAAAUAGAUUUGAUCCCGAAGGAGAAAAUGGUCGCUCUGCUCUGCGGUCGGAACCGUCACGUUCACCUCCACCCCUGGGAGGUUCUGGAGGGCUCCGAGCCCGCCUUUGACAUCAAGUUGACGGAGACCAAAGGCUGCCAGGCGCUGACCACAGGGGUCCUCCGCCCCGGAGGCCCCGCCUGCCUGCUGGCCUCAGUCAAGCGUCAGGUUCAAUGCUACGAGAUCACUCGCGCCAAGCCCCACUACAAGAGGCUGUGGGAGGUUCAGGCUCCGGGUGCGGUGCAGUGGUUGGGGAUGGUUAGGGAGCGGCUGUGCGUCGGGUAUCCUUCGGGCUUCGCUCUGCUGGCCCUACAGGGGGAGUCGUCCCCCAUCAGCCUGGUGAGCCCUGCUGACCCGUCGCUGGCGUUCCUAACCCAGCCGCCCCUGGACGCGCUGCACGCCCUGGAGGUCGGAUCCAGUGAACUGCUGCUCUGCUUCAGUCAGCUCGGCAUCUAUGUGGACGGACAGGGGCGCCGGUCCCGGACCCAGGAGCUGAUGUGGCCGGCCACGCCCCUCGCAUGCAGCUCUAACUCCUCCCACCUGACGGUCUACACUGAAUAUGGAGUGGACGUGUUUGAUAUUCACACCACUGAGUGGGUUCAGACCAUCUCCCUCCGCAAGAUCAGACCUCUGAAUGUUGAAGGGACGUUAAACAUGCUGAGCUCAGAAGCUCCACGUCUGAUCUACUUCAGCAACACGUCAUCAGAGGGAGACCUCACCAUCCCUGACACUUCGGACCACAGCAGGAAAUUGAUGGUUCGAACUCGCAGCAAGAGAAAAUUUCUCUUCAAGGUUCCUGAGGAGGAGCGACUUCAGCAGAGGAGGGAGAUGCUGAGGGACCCUGAGCUCCGGUCCAAGAUGAUCUCUAACCCGACCAACUUUAACCACGUGGCCCACAUGGGCCCAGGAGACGGGAUGCAGGUUCUGAUGGAUCUUCCUCUGGUCGGUGAUGUCACCUGCCUCUCUCCUUCCCCGUCUCCCUCCUCCUCCUCCUCUUCUUCCUCCUCCCGUCACACCCUCAUCUCUCCUCCCUCCAACUUUGAGCACGUCUAUCACAUGACGUCGGCAUCGGCCGGCGCCUUCUUGCAGAAAGAAGCCUCCUCUUCCUCCUCCUCCCAGCAGAGCCUCCUGCAGCCUUCCUCCUCCUCCUCCUCUCCCUCCAUCUCCUCUCUGGGAAGGAGUGUGAUGCCUUCCUCUCAGGAUGACUCUUUGAAAGAUAAGCCCCGCCCCCUGUCAAGUAUCUCCCGGCAACAGAGAAGCAAGACGCAGAUCACUCGCACAGCCUCAGAUUUUGGAGGUGGAGCUUCUUCUCGUGGGCUUUCUGAACCAGAACAGGACCUGGACCGAGAGGUAACUCACCAGCCGGACUCGGACUCCACCAGACACUCGCCCCCCUCCACCAGCUCCGCCCCCCCCACCCCUCCCAGCCCCAAUUCGCCACACCGCAGCCGCCUCACCCUGGACAGCCUGGACUCUGAGCCCUGAGGCCCCGCCCCCUGUUUGAGCCAAUCAGGCAGCGGACUGAGUCUCCAGUUACUCUUUUGAUUUUAUUGUGUCGGGACGAGUCUGAGCUUCCUGCUGCUUUUAUUUUUGUUGGAUUUUAUCUGCUGGGAAGCCCCGCCCCCUGUCAUUAACCCCGCCCCUUGGUAUUAACUCCGCCCCUGCCGAAAGCUGCUGUUUUGACCUUUGACCUUUCUUCUGAUUGGCUCUGUGGGAGCAAUCGGCUCUUCCACAUCUGGACUAGACUGUGCUGAGCGUAGCGGACUGUUAGCUGCUGAGGCUAACAGGCAGGAGGUCUCACUCUGAUGGAAAAACACUGUAUGAAUUUAUUUUACACUUUUCUUAAGUUGCACAUCGUCGUCAUUCUCAUCAUCUUUGUUGUAGAAAAAAUAAUCUUUGAUUUUGUGUCAGUGAUAAUCUUUUCCUGUAGCCCCUCCUCUUGGCCCCGCCCUCUUGGGGGGGGGGGUUGUAACUAAACGUGUUAGCAGCCGAACACAAUAAAAGAAUCUGAACAGAA